GGACGUGAAUGGCGUAAGAACUUCCGGGUGGCUGAAGUCUGACUGGCUGAGCGUUUAAAUCGCGAUCUUGCUGUUUAUGAUGAGCGGUUCCUGACUGAGAAGCAUGCGGGUUUUAAGUUUUUAUGUAAUUUUACGUUAAAUCAGUAUGGAACAAAACUCCGAGUCCAAAUCUGUCCUUUGCACAUUGCUGGAUAAAAACGAUCUGUCCAAGUAUGUGUUUUUUACGCAGAAGCGAUCAUCAGGAGACCUAAGCAUAGGAUUUACCAAUGGUGAAGAUGUCUGGAAAACAUGUCUUUCAGAGGAGAAUUUGUCUCAGCUUUUUAAGAAGUUUUCAUUAAAAUCCACAGAGGAUUAUACCUUCAAACUCAAAUGUGCGUGCAAAGCUGGCAGAGCAUUUGUGAAGCUGCAGGAGGACAGUGCCGUGCUGCAUUUAGGAGCGGAGCCCACAGACCUCAGUCUGUCCCUGUCAAAACUCACUGACUCGGAGGGAAAGACAGAAGUCAAGGAUCUGCUUUUUAAAAUGGCAGACAGCCUGCAACAGCUAGAAAGUCAAGGUUCUACAUCCUCAUUUAAUCCAGUCAAUAGCCCUCAGAAGAGGAGUACUGAAUUUGAACCUAGGAAACAGCAUAAGGGUCCAGUAGUAGCAGUUAGAAAACGUCUUCCUGGGGAUUCUCUCAUCAACCCAGGAACCAAAAGAAAGAAACCUGCAACAGGUGUGGCCUUUGACGAUGAAUGAUGUCAACACAACCACAUGAACUGUAGCUUUUUAACCAACUCAACACUAUCUGUUUUUAAAAUGCAACUCGCACACAAAUCACAAUAUGAGCUGUUUUACAUCAUGUAUCUGUUUAAGGUUUUAUUGAAUAACAUUGCUAAAUGAUUUCUUAAUUUUUUUCCUUUCUGAGAUUUUUGCUAAUAAAAAUUGUAUUUUUAAAUAA